AUGAAAAUAGCUUUGAUACUAAUUGCUAUAACUUUAGUAUCCGCAACAUCAAUUUCACCAUAUAAUAAAUUGAACUAUUCAAAAUAAAGAUCUAUGACAGCUGUUUUAGCUGAGGUUGAGUCUAAAAUAUAAGCUAAUUCUCCAUUAGAUGCAGUUUUAAAUGUUUUAAAAUAAUUCAAAGAAGCAGUUAAUGUUGAAUAAGUAAAUCAUGAUCAAAUAUUUAAUAUUGAAUAUAGUGAAUGUGAUUCAGAAUUUGAAUUUAGAAAUAAAGAAGUAGAGGAUGCAUCAAACGUAGUCAGAGAUUCAACAUCCUAAUUGAAUGUCUGUAAAACCUCAAAAAUUAGAACCACUAAUUAAUAAGAAGUUAAUUAAUAAUAAUUAUUCACAUAUCAAGAACAUUUAACAUUAAUACUUACAACUGCUGAAAAUGAAUAAGGAUAUUUCAAAAAAAGAGGUAGAGACUAUGAAGAUUCUCUUCAUGCUAUUGAUGAAGCACUUGAUAUCUUAUCAGGUAUUGCUAAUGGUAAAAGAAGCUUCGCUGAGUUAAGCAGUGUAAGUAAAUCAAUGUUAUAGACAUCAUUCAAUAUUUAGUAAACCAUUAAUUAUGCUCCAAUCUUUUAUGCCUUUACAUAAUUAGCAUCAUAAUAAGAUUUAGUUGACCCAAGUCAAAUUGAAAGAGUAGAAUAAUUAUUACUUUAAUUGAGAGAAAAUGUACAUGACAAUUAUAAUGAAUUCACUACUUCAAAUGCUGCUGCUGUUGCUGCAUUUAAUGAUUAGAAGGAUAGAAUCAAUAUUAUUUUAAAUAGAUUAUCAAAUUAAGAAGAAAGAUUAUAAGAUAAAUUAGAUCAUUUAAAUUAAUGUAUUGGAACUCAAUCAGCAAUAGUAUAAGCAGCCUCAACAAAAUUAGAGAGAAAUCAAUAAUUAUGGGAUUAAGCAGUUGCCUUAUGUAACACUUUCGAAGCUGAAUAUUUUACUGCCACUAUGGCUAGAAGAUCAGAAAUUUCCUUGAUUACUGAAUUAGAAUAACAAGUUAUUAAAAGGUUUUAGGUAGUCAAAGAAUAAAAACCUGCUAGAAUGCUGAGAUAUGCCAAACUUAAAUAUUGA